CAAAACUUGAUAACUUGGAUCGAACCCAGUACUACACUUGGUUUGUUUUGAGUUGGUAUUGUAGUUUUACACAUUGUGUAAACUGGAUACCGUGGAAGCAAAAGUUAUUGCUUUGUUUGUGAAAAAGUAAUGCUGACAAGGCUGGGAUGAGAAGUUAUACUUCGGAUGCCACACAUUGUGAGUAAAGAUUUAGAUGAAAUUUAACCACUGAAGAAACUUCAACAGCUCGAAAGUUACCAAGAUGGGUGACCAUCCCACCAAUGGAAAUGGUACAGACAUGAGCAGCCGAGGCCGUGGAAGGGGUGAUCGUGGUGGACGAGGUCAUAACAACGGUGGUCCACCCAACCGCGAGAGGUCUGAUACCGACCGUAGCACGGGAAGUGGUGGUGGAGAACGGGGUGGCUUUCGGGCUGGAAGGGGACGCCCGCGAGUCGACAGACGUCAAAUGGAACUGGAAAAGUUCGACCUGGUCCCCACCCGGGGAGCCGUCCAAGACAAGAAAGGCAGCACUGGAGCACCCAUGCAAUUUUUGAGCAAUUACUUCACCCUGGACAAAAGGACGGACUGGGGGAUUUUCCACUACAGGGUGGACUUCGCCCCGGCCGAUAUUGAAACCAGGGAAAAGAAGCAACUAUUCAGAAACCAUAAGGAUAAAUUUGGCGGAAAUUAUAUUUUUGAUGGGAGCUCGCUCUACGUUUCGAACAGGAUUUCACCAGAUCCCCUCGUGGUCUGUUCCGUGAGAGACAGUGACAAAUCCAAGGUGGAGAUGACCAUCCACCUGGUCGCCACCUUGACCCCGACGGAUGUCAUGUAUCUCCAGGUUUUCAACAUCUUGAUGCGAAAAUGCCUCGAGUUCAUGGAGCUGGAAGAACUUGGACGCCAUUUUUACGAUCGCCACAAGGCCAUCGUCAUCAACGCGCAUCGUCUCGAACUCUGGCCUGGAUACAAGACCUCCAUUCGGAACCAUGAGUAUGACAUCUUACUCGGCGUCGAACUGACGCACAAGGUCAUCCGGAGAGACACCUGCUUGCACGUGAUGGAUAGCUUAAUAGCAGCAAGGGGAGAUUUUAGGGAAAAUGUAAAACGCGAGCUGAUCGGCUGUAUCGUAAUGACGCACUAUAAUCGGAAGACCUACCGUGUCGACGACAUCGAUUGGGAUAUGACGCCCAAAUCCACCUUCGACUAUGCCGAUAAAGGAAAAACAUCUUAUUUUGACUACUUCAAGCAAAAGUAUGGCAUGACCUGCACCGUUCUUGGACAACCGAUGCUUAUCUCACGACCAAAAAAGAAAGAUUUUCAUCGCGGUCAAACCGGUCCGAUUUCACUCGUGCCCGAAUUCUGUCAAAUGACCGGACUCACGGACGCCAUGAGGAGCAACUUCCAGCUAAUGAAAUGCCUCACGGGAUAUUUGCACGUAUCUCCACAAACCAGGGUGGAACAAGUGAAGGGAUUCAUGACCCGAUUAAGGGCAGCGCCAGGGGUCGAAAAAGAGUUGCAAAACUGGGGCCUCAAAUUCAACGAGAAGCUGGUUCCCGUGAAGGGGAGGACCCUGGAGAAGCAAAAAAUCCUUUUCGGUCCAACCACCAUGGAUUUAGCGAAGGCUAAAUUUGACCUUCCGAACAACAGCUCGGAUUGGGACCAAAGUUUCAGAAACAAGGAAAUGUUCUCCACCGUUGCGCUGGACAAUUGGGUCAUCAUUGUACCGCAGAGGGACGCCAGUUCCGUGGAAAUCUUGGUAUCUAACUUGCAAAGAGUUGGAAACCCACUAAAAUUUCGACUGAGCAGGCCAUUAGAAGUAUUGAGGAUCAACGAUAUCCGAGUGCCGUCAUACAUGGCCGCGAUUGACCAGGCCAUGUCCAACUAUGGACGCAGGAUUCAGAUGAUAUUCGUCAUCCUGGCCAAGCAAGAAGUCGACGUCUACUCUGCAGUCAAGAAAAAAUGCACAAUCGACUAUGGAGUCCUGUCCCAGUGUCUCGUCAUCAAAAACAUUACCCAUCAAACACGAGCGUUAAGCAUUGCGACCAAAGUCGUUGUCCAACUUAACGCGAAACUUGGUGGAGAACCGUGGGUCGUCCAAGUUCCCCUUGCGAAAUUGAUGAUUGUCGGAUUCGACGUUUACCACUGCGCGAGAGGAAGAGGCGCCAGUAUCGGUGCCUUGGUGGCCACGACGAACGCCAAUCAAACCAAGUACUACAGCACCACGAGCUCCCAUAAUACUCGGGAGGAACUCAGCAGCAAUCUUUGUGCAGAUUUUACAAAAUGUUUAUACGCCUACGCCCAAGUGAAUAACGAAUUGCCCAGUAGGAUCAUUAUUUAUCGCGAUGGGGUCGGAGAGGGACAGCUCAACUACAUCUUUAGCACGGAAAUGAGACAAAUCCAGGAUUCCAUUAAAACUAUUUACGCCGAUGGGGGCCGCCCAAUGCCCAAAUUCAGCUUUGUCAUUGUCACGAAGCGCAUCAAUACCAGGAUUUUCGCCCUAAAUCAGCCCGGAAAUCGGAUCGAGAAUCCGAACCCGGGUAGCAUCGUGGAUGACGUGAUUACUUUGCCGGAAAGAUUCGAUUUUUACCUUAUCUCCCAAUAUUCGCGGCAAGGAACCGUAUCGCCCACGUCGUACAACAUCCUGCACGACGAACAGGGUCUCAACGCGGACAAAUUACAGCAGCUGACAUACAAAUUAUGUCACGUGUACUUCAACUGGUCAGGCACCAUCAGCGUCCCAGCCCCUUGUCAGUACGCUCACAAGCUCGCCUACCUCACCGGAAUGGCGUUGCAGGGGGCAAAAAGUGGGGAACAGUUAUCUCAUGUCCUUCACUUCCUGUAAAUCGGAUUUUGAGAUCUUUCGAGAUUUUUAUAUUUUUUAAAAACCAAGGGGCUCAGAAAUACAAAAAAAUAUUGUACAAAAUUAUACAAAAAUAUAUACAUUAGAUACAUGGGGCAGCCAUGGACAUAUAACUUAUAACUUAAAAUUAUGACGUAUAACUUGACUUAUAAUUAUAAGUAUACGUCGCCUUAUGGCGUUUCUAUGACUUAUAACUUAUAAAAUAAGUCAUACGUCAUAAUUUGAAGUUAUAAGUUAUAUGUCCAUGGCUGCCCCAUGUAUUUAUUUUCUUGACAGAAAAUUACAAAAAAA